CUUGUCACCAAAGGUUUAGAGGGCUAGCAAUAUAUGGCCGUGGCUGCUAAGGGUAUCACGGACGGAUGGAACAGUCCUCAACCAUGGCACCUCAGGGUAGGAGAGGAACGGGAUGUUGGACGAUACCUACGCAACAGCAACCACUAGACCUUCCUGCGUCGCACCGACGGAACGGUCGUAAUUCGUACAACGGUAUAGCUAUACUACGAUAUUGAUUGAGUGAAGGAGACAUUCUUUUUCGUGCGGCCGUUGGGCUUUUCUCCUAUCUCUCUUCAGCCUCAGGUGGGGAUCCGCAGAAAAGGCUGGCUACGGGUUAAAUUUCAGAUCGAUAUUCGAUGUGGCGUACGAGACGGAGUCCGCAGUGGUCCUGAUGCCAAUACACAAUUUCGGAGUCCGUAGUUGGUUGCAUCUCUUUUAUUAUGCCACUAUCCACCAACAAUGAAGAAUAUUCGUCAUGUCCCGACACUGCCUUUAUCUCGAUCGUGCCGCUCUUUCUCUGCAAGGGCGGGUUUGCAUGUAAGGAGUAGGGACGUCAGUAUUUGUACGUCGACAAGAGGAGCCCGGGCCAAAGCCGCAGACGUCUGAUGCGGACACCUGUUCCACGGCUGAUGGACUGAAGAGAGGUUCUCGGUCGAAAUGCCUGCAAAGAUCUGGCGGUCCCGGCACAAGGGGGUCAGCCGAGUUUGGCCCCGAUCCCCAAAAUCUGAUGGGCCUUUUUUUGGUGCCAGGUUGGACGAAGGUGAGACUGGCGCGGGAUUCUAAUUUUGGUUGUUGGGCGCCCCAUCAAUCUGGCAGCCCGCAAGUGCCUUCUUUGUAUGGACGUCAAUCGCAGUCGCUGUUCCACCGCUACUCGGCGUUCGUCCGGCUAGUGCAAUACUCGAUUCAAAGAGACAAAGUACUAUCACAGCAUGCAGUGGGUAUCUGCAUGAACAAAUUCGUCAAUAACUGUACAACUUCACGACUAUGCGCCUCCUCUCCAUAUGACUUAUGUCAGCCAAAGCAGAGUGUCACGUGCCGCUUAAACCUCGCCUCCGCCUCGCGGGUGAAGGAGGCAGCACCGUCGUCAGAUUGGGAUGGUCUCAUAAUCGUGUAUCAACUGGUCCCAAAACAACCAUUCUGAACCAUCCGGAACGAGGCUAUUGCCGAGAGUGAAGUCUGUGUCGUCAAAGUUGCCAAAAACCGCAUCAGCCUCGUUGACAGGAGGACUUUUCCCGGACUCGUUCCUGUUGCCGACCCCAAUUGCCUUCGAUUCUGGACUUCUGGACAAUUUGUUCCCGCACUGGGUGGAGCGGAGCGCAGUGAUGAACGACGGCUCAGGCAUGGAGUUCUUCGGCGGGUUAGCCAUCCAGGCUUUCAACGUGACUGUUCCGACGGCAAUAUGAAUGGCUCGUUUAGCCUGGAGAAUCUCCGCGUGAUUCGUAUAGACCUCAGCCACCUUAUCCCAGGCUGCUGCCAGUUCCUCACUGGAGAAGAAUCCGACCUUGGCGAUACUGGUCAAGAUGCAUAUGAUGGCAUCCCCUAAGAAAAACCCCUUGAACGACCAGUGGUAUCGCUUCAUUUUUGGGUGGCUGUAGGCAGCGCUGUCGGCGUCAAGAACCUUGUGAGCGAGUGCACAGAGGUGUCUCCUUUCGUGAUCGCCAAUACUUUGAUUCAUCAAUUGGGGCAUCUUGCUGUGCAGACGCACGGCGUUGGCUGCAGACCUUACCACCCCUAACGUGAGGAAGUGUAAUGGGUCAGUUAUGUCGCAGUAGCGGAGAUAUUUUGUUUCCGCGAUAUUCUCGACCUCAUCUACGAUCCUUUCGAGCUCGACAGUCUCUUUCAGCUCCACGGCCCCACCAAGAUCUUUCAUUCUGACACCCGUUUGGGUGUAAAAUCGAGUAAGUUCUGUUCUCGCAAGAACAAACAUCAUUUCAGUCGCGCCUUUCUGCUCCACGGGCUGCUGUGGCAUACCAGGGUAAAUCUGGCAAUCGUUGAUGUUGCUCGGCUGUUUGGUAUCCCAGCUGGUAGGUGAGAUCAUGAUACCAGUACCUGAAACUUGGCCAGCAUAGCCAUCCAGCGGGAGAAGUUGCCAAAAGAGUCGCCGCCGCAUUUGGACCUCGAAAGGAGGCAGCCCAAGUUUUUCACCAUCAUGAUGAAGUCCCAUGCGCUGCGAGAUGCGAACCGCCACACCAGACAGGAUCCAAAAGGUGUGAGGAUCAAUCUGCGUACGCACAGCAAUGAGGAACAGCACGAACGCCUGCAUGACGAGCAUGUCUGUUGUCUUCAACCAGGAUGCAUUGACAAGCGCUUGUCGAAUGGCGUGUUGGUACUUUGCUAACAACGAAGCCUGUGCUUGCCCGAAUUCCCGCAUACAGUCUUCGUCAGUCAUGGAGUAGACUGCAAUAUGGUAAAUGGCAAAGAGCAGGCAUUCCUGUGCCUUUGACGCCGCACUCGGCCGUUGGGACACAGCGUCGACCAUCCUAGACAUAGAUGGCACAUGCAGGACCUUGCACAGAGGCUCGACAUUUGCCACAUAGACUGCCCACAGCUUCAUCGCAUCGCUAUGUUUGGGAUGAUAGUCGACUAGGUUGUGGGAGAGUCUGAGAAGUGCACUUGAGAUCAGAUCUUCGGUCGAGGGUGUGGUUUCCGCAGGAGUCCGUUUGUCGUCCUCCUCCUCGUGGGAGAUUUGUGACAUCUCCUCUUCUCCCAAUUCGCGCCAGAGACUGCUGUUGACAUAUCGAGCUUUGCCCUCGCCUGCAACCAAUUUGCCGCUUUUGCUCGAUAGAGACUGACUGUCUGGCAACAAGCUGGAGUUUUGGAUGCUUUGAGGCGUCUCCAUGUAAGAUGGCGACGCGACGCCCGUACUUCGGAGCAGCCCGUUGUCUUGUAACGUGCGCUCAUACCGCGCAACCCGCUCGAAGACGGUCUCGUUGCGCUUUCGCUUGGGUCGCCGUGGUGGCGGCGCCUCGUAGAAGCAUUCAAUCUUGCCUUUGAUACAGCUUGAGCACGUUGGGGCCACCUUGUCGCAUUUGACCUUCCUCCGCGCGCAUGGCUGACAAGUAUAGGGCAUCACGCGAGCUUGCGCCGCGUCUGCAUUUCCACCGCCUUCUUUGACGACUGGUUGAUCAUACAUCACGGUGAUUGUAAAAGGUUCUUGAGAUCAUGAAUGCGGUCCAUCUUGCAACCCGGAGCGAUGGAGGGAGGGCCCCAUUGAUGAAGCCCGUGCAAAGCACUCGGGUGAGUGCUCGGGAGCAACGGGCAGAGUACUUCGGGUGCAAUCCAUCGGGCCCGGGCCAAAUCCUUGGCUCCGAUUGGCCAGUUCCGCCCGACCCUCAGCCUCGCCUCAACGAAUCUUCAAGGACAGCAUUGAUCUCGACGUAUUCCCAGGGGAAGAAAUUGCUCGUGGACAAAUAUAAAUACCAUGGCUGAUCCGGGCAGGGUAGAAACAAUGGCAUUUCCUCUCUACACACAAAACGACCAAGAACACCUUGCAUUUAUUCAACAACAAUUUCAUCCUCCAUGGCUUCUCCACCAAAUCAGACAAGUGCCUCACCAGGACACACUGUCGAAUAUGAGAAGCAAAUGGAACAUGCCACGACCACAAAACAAGAACCAGACCUAGAGGCCGGGCUCACGUCUUCAUCAGAGCCCAGCGCCACCACCACUUUAGAGGGAGCAGACGACAAAGAAGCAACAAAAGACCCCAACCUCGUCACCUGGGACGGGCCCGAUGACCCCGAAAACCCCAAGAACUGGCCCAGCAAGACAAAAUGGUCAUUUACGGUUGCAGUGUCAGUUUUUACAUUCAUCUCGCCGGUUUCAUCGGCAAUGAUUGCGCCUGCGCUGGCCAAGCUAGGUGAGGAUCUCCACAUGACCCGCGACAUUGAGAUAGAACUAUCCCUCAGCAUCUUCAUCCUCGCAUACGCCGUCGGGCCACUAUUCUUCGGCCCGGCAUCCGAACUCUGGGGACGCGUGCGUCUUCUACAACUCAGCAACCUAUGGUACCUCGCAUGGAACCUGGGAUGCGGGUUCGCAACGAACAAGCCCGAGAUAUUCAUCUUCCGCUUCCUCGCCGGCGCUGGCGGAAGUGCACCUCUUGCCAUCGGUGGCGGAUGCAUCAGCGACGUCUGGACGGCCGAAGAACGCGGCAAGGCCAUGGGAAUCUACACUUUGGCUCCAAUCCUCGGUCCCGUCGUGGGCCCCAUCGCAGGUGGCUGGAUUGCCGAAAAGACAACCUGGCGCUGGGUGUUCUGGUCAUCCAGCGCACUGGCUCUGGGCAUCCAAGUCGUCGGCUUGAUUUGGCUCAAGGAGUCCCACCCACCCACGAUCCUGCGCCGGAGACGGGAUCGGCUGGUCAAGGAAACUGGCAAUACCAAUCUGAAGGUCUACAUCCCGCAGCCCAUCACUCCAGGUCAACCCGCUGCCUCUGGUCCAGACAACAACAGCAACAACAGCACUCCCAAGGUUCUUCUACAACCAGACAAGCCACCGAGUCUCCUCCACACCAUCGGCAGCGCAUUCAUCCGACCUGGCAGGUUGAUCGCCACCCAGCCCAUCGUGCAAGUGAUCGCACUCUACAUGGCAUAUCUAUUCGGCGUCAUGUACUUGUUACUUGCAACAUUUUCCAACAUCUGGAGCGAAGUAUACCACGAAAGUCGAGGCAUCGGCGGAUUCAACUACAUCUCCAUAGCGAUCGGGUCAUUUGUCGGCGUGUUCGCCAACUUCUACUACAUCGACCGCAUCUACAAACACCUGAAAGCAAAAAACGGCGGUGUCGGCCGACCCGAGUUCCGCAUCCCAUCCAUGAUUGUGGGAUCUGCCACCGUCACGGUCGGCCUGUUCUGGUACGGAUGGAGUGUGCAAGCUCGUAUCCACUGGAUCAUGCCGAAUUUGGGGGUCGCCAUCUUCUCCGCGGGAACUAUCGGCUGUUUGCAAUCUAUGCAGACCUAUACUGUCGACAGCUACACCCGCUAUGCGGCAAGUGCCUUGGCCGCCGUGGCCAUCUUCCGCAGUCUGGCCGGGUUUGCGUUUCCUUUGUUCGCUCCUUAUAUGUAUAAGGCGCUGGAUUAUGGUUGGGGAACAAGUGUUCUUGCUUUCAUCAGUAUUGGGAUUGGAUUUCCUGCCCCGUUCAUCUUCUGGCUGUUUGGGCCCAAGUUGCGCGCCAUGUCUAAGUACGCUGCUGGUUGAACUUUUGAUUGAACCAGGAAGCACACGUUGUACUAAUAUGGCUGCUUGGUGUUUGUGAGGGGUGCGCGAAAUGUGUAUAUCAGAGGUCUAAGCAGGGAUUAAUGUGGCGUGCGUUAGGGUCACAGACUAGGACAAGGGAAAAUACCCUGAGGGGCGACAAAAGUAUAUACUCUUCUCAAGAAAAAUAGUAAUUGAGGACUCCCUAUUUCAACUGUUGUACUGUCCAGCGUUUCCCCCGGCUCCAUUGUGUCUCGCAGACAAUUGAAAUAGUAUGUGGCAUAUGUCCAACUCUGUCCAGCUGAUGUGAACCCAGUACACACCGCAUCGGCAUCAUUACAUUAUCCAGUGGGCGACAAAUGUAUAUCUGAACUAAACUAAGAAAAUACACUUCACAAGGGAUGGUAACAUAGCUAUAGAGCACGCCGCGACUAUACCUACAGCUACAGUUUAAGGGCACAGCGUCCGCCGCGACUAUAUGUAAGCAUAUAUCCAAAAUAUCCCGCGGCCACCUGGGCACCAUAGACCUAUAAUCAAAAGCACGACACAAAGCCAUACUGGGUACACAUACGAUGAAACACGAGGACCUCCCAGAGACAUCAAACAGAGUCAAAAUUCUCACAAUCUAAAAACUAAUCUAACAAAAAAGAAAACCCACUCUAACAAUGGCCGGCCACACCACCACACCACACCACAAGCACAACCCCCAGAGGCCCCCGGAUCUACACCUGGCGGAGAGAGGCCACCAUCCUCUCCUCCAUGGUGGCCCGCGCCGCGAGGUGGUACACAUGUACCUCCUUUUGCUGGCGCGGGCGCCGGGACCGGCCGACCGCCUGCUCCAUGGUGGCGUCUCUCUCCUCUCGAGACGACACCAGAAGCGGCGACAAGAACAACACAUGGUUGGCCAUGUGGAGGUUCCAGCCGGCGGCGUCGGCGCUGUCUGUCUUGAGGAUCAGGAGCCACGCACCCGGCUCCUGACCCCGAGACAGCGCCUCGGCCGCCCGCUGGAACUUCCCCACGCCAUUCUGCGUGUACUUGAAGCCAUCGAUGCUGGCCAGGCCUGCACGCUGGCAGGCCCGGACCAGAGCAUCUUUGACCUCUGGGAAUUGCACAAACACCAAUCCAAGCUCGCGCUUGGCCUUAAAUCCUUGGAUGAUCGCCAUCGCCUUCAUCAUUCUCGAGCCCUCACCGACUCGGACAACAUCAUCACUGGUCACACUCACCGCCUUGGCCUUUCCUUUUCCCUUUCCCUUUGGCUCCAUCACUUCGGCCACAAAGUGACUUGCCGGCUUGAUCUGGUCGGGCGAAAAGCACACACAGCACGGAGUUUCAGUAUAUGUUCCCAUUUCAGAACAUUGCUCACACGCCACAAUGUGGCCGCACGACGUCGAGAUCUGGAUGCUCUGGCCAUCGGGUGUGGCAUUUCCGCAGCCCAAACACUUUGGAAGUAGCAUACCGUCUUUGUCCACCAACGCAGAGACCAACUCCAACAGGCGGAGACGACAAAACCCACGCGCCAAAUCUCUGAUCAGGACAUGAACUCUGUCAAUUCGGAGGUUCAUUUCGUUUUCCAGGUCCUUCUUUGUCUGGGCAGCUUGGGCAGCCUUGUCCUGGAGCUUGGCCUUCUUUGGUUCUGGUUCUGGUUUUGGUGGCCUGGAGGGCCUUAGCUUGCGCGCAGGCUUCUUUGGGUCCUGUUUGGCGUUCCAAAAGAGCUGGGUGAUGAUGGGCAAGACGUCUCGGUCAGGCAAUGCCCCGUUCUUGACAUCGUACAUGAAAUCGUAAAAUGCCGGUGUGCACACGGCUCGCUGCCCAGGGCUUCCAAGGGCUAUGUACCAUACCUCCUGGAACCAUUGCAGAAGAAGUUCGGAUCUGGCAACGAGAAGCUCCUUAUGUGAUUCGGCAAGAUGCUGUAGAAUUUGUCCUUCACUUCCGAUCUUAUUUUCUGGGAUGCCUUCUAGUGAUUGGGCGAGGAUUGGUGCGGCACACAUGCGUGCAUAGUCAGGACUGGGCUUCUGCUCCACUGCUGUCUUCAAGCGGUCCACAAACGUCACCAUCUGGUCAUUACCCGCGUCGUCAUCCUCAGCAGCGUCAGCUGGUUCUCCGUCACCGCCGUUGUUGUCAUCAGGCUUCUGAUUUCCAUUUCCUUUGGCCGCCGCAUUCGGCUUGGGGGGCUUCUUGUUGAACACCGUGUCUUGUUCCUCGACCAGCUGAUCGACUUCCAUGUACGUGAUCAUUUCGGACGGACUGAGGUCGAAAUACUCAAAGUGCUCGUGUCUUGGUUUGAGGACCACGGCCGCUUGGUUCUUGCGGAUGAACAGCUCAGAGAAAAGCGAGGUUCGCCGAUACACAGUGUUGGUGUAUGCUGACGAACGCAGUGUAUGGUAUGACUGGAAUUCCUGGGCAUCUGAUCGGUCUCUUGUCAUCUUGGAUCCAUCCUUGCCGAAUGCAAACUUGCCGCUGCCCUCAUCAGUGAAUUGGAGGAGUGCCUGACAGCAGCCAUCUUGAAUCGGACUGAAGCUUGAGAAGUGCAAGCAAUGUCUUCCCGGGGAUGUAUGUGAACUCGUCAACGAUGAUUCUUCUGAAUGAGAACAUAUGAAGGAGAGCGGGAAUGGUCUCCAUAUUUUGGAAAUCAUCCAGCUCUUUUUCCCAUCCGUCGUCUUGCGGUGGGGCUGUGUCUGCCUUUGUCUGGUCUGGCGCAAUUGUAGGCCCGGCAUCAGCUGGUGCGGGUUCGUUGGCCUUUGAAACAGGGGUUUGACUGGGCUUGUGGUCGCCGUCAGAAUCAGAUUGUUCAACCUCGUCCAGCU